AUGUUCGGGCUGCGGGCGUGGUCAAGGCUGCUCAGCCGGCGCCGGUGCUUAUUCCUCGGUAGGCAAGAACUAGGGGGCGUCCUGUCUGUCUCAUCCAGCAAGCUGGCCCUCCCUGCUGGGCCGACUGAGGCAUCGCACCUCUACCAGCCCAGCAUCACGAAGAACGGCCCUUCUCUUGCGGCCAGCCCUGGGUGGCCCUCGGGCCGGCCAUCAGCCACAGCCACGUACACAGUCACGACCUCAGCCACAUUGACAGCCACAGCCACGUACACAGUCACGACCUCAACCACAUUGACAGCCACAGCCACGUUGGCGAGGGCCGGCCUGGCCUGCAGUGGAGAGUCGCUCAAGCCUGGGCCUGCAGCUCCACCUUACGCCACGACCACGCAAACAUGGACAGCGAACAGCCCUGUGACUUCGCUCGGUUCGGGCCCAGUCUUCACAGACACUGGGACAGCACCGUUUACUAAUUUGGCAACGUCCACCGCUGGCACCGGGCGGCCGGUGUCCCUUGCCGUGUCCGAGCUGCUGCCGAGCUACCCGGCUCGUCAGGGCCCCCACGAUUCGGCGCCAGGUCUUCCCGUGCCGCCGAGCGGUUCGUACCCCGGCGCGGCCUCCGGGUUUUCCUUGUCUCCGCCGCUGGGCUCGUCCAGUCCAGCCGCGACGCAGGCGUGCGCUCGCCCGCUUCCUGCAUUUGCGUACCCGCCGGGCGGGCCUGAGGUCUACUACUCGAGCGACACGCCGAGUCCCUGGAACGAAGCCGGCACCAGCAUCUACCGGGACGCCAGCACCAUCACAGACGUAUGCAGCAGUGCCGAGCUGCCGGAGGUGGAGAUCAUCAGCCUCCUGGAAGAGCGGCUGCCCCACUACACGCUGCGCGCCAACGCCGUCUAUGGCUACGAGCACCGAGACUGGCUCCACUCGCCCGUCCUCUCGCCGGAUGACGGCGAUGGUGACGGCGCCUACGCAAGCCCCGAUCUCUCCCCGGAGCAAGCGGAGGAGACGCUGCGCUACAUGAUGCUGUGCUCGGAACGUGUGGGCCAGAUGACGCGCACGUACAGUGACAUCGAUGCGGUCACGCACCUGCUGGAGGAGAAAGAGCGGGACCUGGAGUUGGCCGCUCGGAUCGGUCAGACGCUGCUGGAGAAGAACAAGAGUCUGUCUGAGCGCGUGGAGCACCUUGAGGAUGAGUUGGAGCACACCCUGGAGCAGGUGAACCAGCUGCGGCACGACCUGUCGAUGAAGGAUGAACUGCUGCACAUCUACACGCACACGGUGGAGGACAGCGAGAGCGACUCCAGUGCUUCCACUCCGCUUGAACGCAGUGGAGGGAGUCUCGUGAGUGGACACAUCCCGGCACAGCUCGAUGCGGUGCACAAGCGACUUAAGGAACUGGAAGACGAGAAUUUGUGCCUCCGCUCAAAGGCGUGUCACAUCAAGACGGAGACCAUCAGCUAUGAGGAGAAGGAGCAGCAGCUGGUCAAUGACUGUGUAAAAGGGCUCCGGGACGCGCACCUGCAGAUCGGACACCUGACGGACGAGCUCGGACGGAGGAACGAGGACAGCGCCCGCCAGCAGGAGGAGAUCACCCACCUCCUGUCACAGAUCGUGGACUUGCAGCGCAGGGCUAAAGCUUAUCAGCUGGAGAAUGAGGAGCUCGUUCAACAUCUGAGCGCAGCCAAAGAGGCUCAGCAUGAGCUCACGGCAGAGCUGCGGGAGCUCGAGGAGCGCUACGCAGAGUGCGUGGACAUGCUGCACGAGGCGCAGGAGGAGUCAAAGGGGCUGCGCAGCCAGACCGUCAUGAGCACGCCGCGCAGAUACAACGGCAGCCUCCUCUAUCCCAUGGACUCGCUCGCGGCCGAGAUCGAAGGCAGCAUGCGCCGAGAGCUGCACGAGGAUGAGGGCUUCUCUGACCACCGUUCGCAGCACAAGCGUGUGUUCGACACUGUGAAGGUCGCCAACGAGCUGGUCAAGCGGCGCUGCGUAGGUGGUUCUUCACGGCCGCUGCCAGGAUCUGGCCAGGCCCCUGCCGGGGAGACCGGCUCUCCGGCCACCUGGGCUCACGGUGACACGCCGGACGGCAGCCAGCGGCUGGGAGACCGCGGUAGCCCCAGCUGCCGGGACCUUCAAGCAGCGCUGCACCGGCUCAUGCUGCGAAGGGAAAACGUACAGUGCGAGCGGCGCUACUUCGAGGAGGAGCGCGAGCGGCGGCGGUCGCGCGAGCAUGGCGCCGAUGGCGCCUACGGCGUCCUACCCAGUGGCCUGCUCACCCCGGCGGACAGCAUCAUGUCCAUCGGCACCUGCCUCUCCUUCCGCUCGUUCCUGCCCGACAAACUGCAGAUUGUCAAGCCCAUGGAAGGCUCCGUGACGCUGCUCCAGUGGCAGCAGCUGGCGCAGCCGCACCUGGGGGGGAUCCUGGACGCUCGCCCCGGCGUGCUCACCAAAGACGACCGCCCGCUCGAGGACGUGGACGAGGAGGCCACGUACCACCUGGGCGACCUGGAGGAGGACGAUCUGCCGGCGGACGACGGCGUGGAGGGCCUGUCGUUCUGCUCCCGCCUCCCAUCCUCGUCGCCCGCCCACCUCGCGGGGCGCGCCACCCGCACCGACAAUUACGAUUCAGCAAUUCAUCCGGCACCUGCACACGAGGCUGAUUCCAUCACUCCCAUCUCCACAGUGGACAUCCUCGCAGACACCAUCCCACCUUUUGCCUGCCACUCCACCUGUGGCCCAGGCGCGGAGGAGGGUGGCGGUGGCGCGGUGGCUCCACCCCAAGCGAGCCGGCAGGGCCCCGUGGGCAGUGCAGCUGGCCCUCAGGGCCCCGCCGAGGCCUUGGAUCAAAUGGUCGCCAGCCGACCCUUCACGCUGCCAGUGAACUACCCUGGCAAGUGCCUGUCCCAAACCAGCUCCACGUACACCUUCACCACCUGCCGAAUCCUGCACCCCACCGAUGAGCUCACUGCCCUCACGCCCAGCGGCAUGUACGCGCCGAUCCCGAUCUGCAGCAUCGGCCCCGGCGCUGCCAAAUCGACGUCGGAGUCGCAGGCUGGCACGCCCUGCGGCCCUCCGCGCCCCAGCCUCUUCCAAUCGUCCACCAACCAAAGGGACUCCACCAAGACGCUCAGCUCCAGCCUGGGUCUGGCCAACCUGCUCAAGGAGCGCGGCAUCUCCGCCGCCGUCUACGUGCCGCGGGUCGGCCGUCCGCGGCCCGGCCCGCCCUCCGCCGGCGAAGAGCCGUCGGCGGAGAUGGCCGUGCCGUGCACGCCGCCCAACUCUCCGCGCGCCCUCUCGCCGUGCCCGUCGCCGCCCGCCUUCCCGCCGGCGCGCCCCUCGGGUCUGCAGUGCGAGAGCUUCCUGGCGUCCAAGCCGGCCAAGUCUCUGCUGCUGCUGCAGGGCGCGGCGGGGGCCGCCGGGGCACGGGCGCGCAGCAGCAGCGGCAGCCAGACGGAGCUGUGUAUGGGUGGCGGUUUGGUGGAGAGACUCAAGCGGCUGGGCCUUGCCAAGACGCGGAGUGAUGGCAGGAUGGUGCUGGCACCCAUGCCCGCGCCCGCGCCCAUGCCGCCGUGCUCCUCCGUGGUGCUUAACGGCGGCCUUGCCGACGAAGCCGUCGCCCCCGCCGGAUUGGCCGUGGCGUUGGCGGUGGUGGGCCGCGGGGACACUGGUGUAGGGCAGCCGUUGAGGGCUGGGAGCAUGCGGAGGAACCACAGCUUCCCCACGAUAGCGGGUGGCCUCCGUAGAAACCAGAGCAUGCCGGUCAUGAACGGCGGCGUGCCGGCGGGCACCAACCCAUUCCAGUGCAGCGUGCUGGACGAGACAGGUCUGAGCAAUGCGUUCCUCCCGGAGUGAUCCGAUCUGCAAAGUCGAUCUACGUGAAGAGGUGGCCGGAAAUUGCUCUCGGAUAGUUUUGGUUGCCACCCCAUAACUGUCGCUGGUCCAUGCCGUGGCUGCAUUCACUGUUUGCCGCUACUCUUAAACGUCAAUGUCAUUGACCGACAUGUAGUGCAAUGACUGUUCAGUAUGAUGGCGCGAAGAAAAAUAGAAAUUGUUAUCAACACUAAUUGUUCAUUUUAGCCAUUGUUUCCGUUGUUGUACUAUGUAAUGUUCGCUGCAUGGGAGGAAUUUGUGAAUUUACCGCAACGUGUGAUGUUGAAUAUCAGGCCACAAUCGGAGACCAUUACUUAACAAAAAUGCUCAUUUUGAUGCGGCGGCUUUGAGGCGAACAACUAGUUUUGUGAUGGGCACUCAUGUUUGUAGGGCAGCGAUCGGUGAGGUGCGCACAUUGGCCAAUGAAGGCCGCUGGACAGAGAUGUCGAAAAGCAACAAGCCUUUGUUACCUAUCCACGUUCAAAUGAGCCCCAUGUGAGAACGCAUCUACUUUAUCACAGGUGCCUGGGGGAUUUGCCCACCAUUGAUUGUGCUCCCGUUAAUAUCACGUGGUAACACUGAUCCACGAAAAACCGGUUACCUCCUGUGAAAGUGAACUCCGUUACUCACCAUUAGCCACAGCAAAAGCUCGGGAGGGAAUACAACUGCACAAGCUUUCUCCGAUCUGUAUUUUUACAUUUUUUAAAAAGUGGUCCUUCCUACUUGGCAAUAAAAACACCGGCGUCGACUAAACUAAAUCGUCAAACAUUUCUGGAGCAUUUCCCCGAGGAAGAACGCGGGUUCCGUUCAUAAUUUCUACGUUUUGUAUUUUUUCAGGACAGCGCUGCCGCUGAUUUGCAUAGCGACUGACGACACAAAGGCGUCCUCUUGCAAAUUAAGACGCGGGCGAUCUAUUUUGCGUCGUACAAACCGUGGCAAUUGACAUUGCACACUGAGCUAAUUGUUGUUAAUGUUGUCGUAAGGAGCCCGGACGUUGAUGCAACUGGGUCAUAGACUCACGCGUGAGCACACUUGACCAAUAGCCUACCUACCGACCGCCUCAUCCACCCCACUGCUUCCAUACUAAAGGAGGGAACUCUUAUUUGAACACAUGAUAAAUAAUGUAAAAACUUUGCAGUAUCCAAAAUGGCAAGCGACUCCCAUUUCCCUUGAAAUUUGUUUUAUUUUACAGGUGGAUACAUAUUUAAGUAAAUGUUAAUUUCUGUUCCUGAGUGUAUAUAUAAGUUGGGAAAUGUAAAUAAGCAUUACCUGUGAAUGUGUGAUAUUCACUGGAUCGUAGAGGUGGUUUCUGCAUGCCGUUUAGUAUGGUCAAGUGGCCUGGCAGUGAAAACUGUUUUGCAGCCGUGCUAACAGAAACAAAAGUCUGCGUUGGCAUUCGAGUUCAUAAGGUCACCAACGUUGUUACUUAGCGGUUGGAGAACAAAAUAGAGAAAUGGCACUCCAAUGGAACAUUAAAUCAAUGAAGGAAUUGCUUAUUUUUAAAUGAGAUGCUGAGAUUUCGAUAGAGCUGAGUGACAAAAUCUACUUUCAAUUGUGGGUGUCAUUUCUUCAUUUGUUUUGGUACAUUUCACAGAAGCGACAAAGCCACUCGACAGUCAUUUUUUUAAAAGUCAGCUUUAACGAUUGUGUAAUCAUUCUACCUGGUCGGAACUACUCUCCCACCUGUGCUUCCUGUGCUCGUCAAACAUGCGCUGUUGCAGACGUGCUUCUCAAAGGAGGAGCCUACGAAUGAAUCGAGUGGAAUAGGUGGGCAAUGUGCACGUGUUUAUGCUUUGUGCGCGGUCUAAGCACAGCCACGAAAAGGGAAUCUUAAUUGUGGAGGAAUAAAUAUUGCAUUCGACUAGACGAUGUUUUUCUCAAUUGAUGUUACGGCAGUGGCUUUUAUCGUCGUUGGCAUGGGCCCUUGUGCAAGGAAUUAAAUGGGACCUCCUAUCCAAUUGUCCCCCGACUGCCAAGCCACCGCAUCGUGGCAGGGUGACGCAGUCGUAACAAUUUGCUUCUCGCAGCAAUAAAUCCCCAGAGUUCGAUUUUCCGACUCGGGCAUCUUUCUGCGUGGAGUUUGUAAGUUCUCUCCCCGGUUGGCAUGGGUCUUCUCCGAGUUCACCGAUUUAUCCCGGAGUCAAAACAAUCUCGCAAUGGAAUCAGGGCAGUGGCCAAAUAACAAUCCCAACGCAGAAAAAUUUGGACCGUAAAUUACUCGGCGGGAAUUGCACAGAGGAAAAUUGUCCCCCCCCCCCAUCCUGUGAACCUGGCGGCAAGAGCGGCCUGAAGAGACUAAAGAGUUCCUAGGCAAGCAGUUGUAAUAAAUGAAGAAAUAGAUGAAUAGAUAAAUUGGUUUAGUGACUAAUUUUAAAUGUUCAUAACUGCCUGUUCCCUAAAAAUGUCCAGCCGUCCGAAAGCACGGUCACCGUGGCUCCCAGCCUUUCCUGCUUUCAUUCUAGAUUUGAAGCUUUUCCUGCUUUCACUUUUACCAAUCUCAUUCACGCCCGCCGACUCGCGUGUCAGUCGGUGACGCGAUGAGGGCACGAUGCCUACAUCGUUUGUUAUCAUUGGUGAGCACGGAAAUAUUUGACGCCGAGUUGGUUGUGGUGAACACUACGACCUAAAAUCUGAUGGAAGCGAUUCCCCCUCCACCCAGAUUUGGGUUUGGCCCAUGCGGUGUGUCUCAUUAGUCCGCUUGCUGCCCACUUAUGCGGUUUAACAAAUCCAGUUGUCGGUGUCGUGUGCGCCUUCUGCUCGGGAUUCAAUCUUCGUAUUGACAAAUACAUCCAUCCAUGUGGCGAUGGGGCAAUCAAUUGAAAAAAAAAACAUUGGAAGUUAUUUUUUAAACUAUCCUACAUUUGUCCGACCAAUGAAGUACGCAUAGAAGUGCGUGUUUUGUGAACCAUAUGAGCACAUGAAAACCCAUAUUGCUAUCUAGCUUGUCUAUGAUAUGGCUGGAAAGGCUAUGUUCUGUGUUAUCACGAUUGUCUUUUCGAUGCUGACAAUGUUGCUUUGUUGCAUGUUUAUGUAUAUUUGGGAAAGCUUUGCAAUACCUGUGACUUGAACUGUUGCAAUUAUUAUUGACUGGCAUCAUUAUCUUCACUGUCACUAUUAUCACCACCACCACCAUCGUUGGAGUUUGAUUUUAAAACGUAAUAAUUCUUGCAAUUUCAGUCAGCGACGAGGAGAGAGAAUGUCCCGUGACGUGAGACUGUUAUUAAGAGGCGAUCGCUGCUUCAUGCCAAUGCGUAAUAUUGUUUUUGCUUUGCUGAAAUAUGCAAUGUUAAUUCUGUUGGAAGAAUACGGGGCGACAUUUAAAAGUGGCGAAUAUUGUCUCGUGUUUGUACAGCAACAACAAAAAAAACAUGUAGAUUGUCACCUGCUGGGGCUGUGAAGCUGUUGAGUUGAUGCUUAAUAUGAGCUGUUGCGAAUUUUGUGAGAUUAUUUAUUCCAAACGGGUGUUUUCUCAGACAGAGUUUAUUGUAAAUAUUUUACGUUGACAUCGAUGUCAUUGGACGACGGCACUGAACGUUGAGUCUUGCUGUGCGCGCGCGUGUUCGUGUGCCUGAGUGUGCGUGAGCAUGUGCGUGCAUCACUAAUCACUAUCGGCAGGGAUGUUCAAAUCCGUGGAAGCUCGCAGCUAUUCAUAAUAAUUAUCUAUCACUUUGUGUUUUUUUGGAUUAUUGGAAGAAAUUGCUCAACCAAAAGUGGACCUGGCUUUGACUGCCUUUGCCAAAGCGCUCUGCAAUUGUCACCUGUGCAGCAGAUGUCUCUACACAGACCACCAUGUGCUUCGUUAUGCGGUAUCAGUGAAUUUGGGUUUAUUUUCUCCGCCAUUCACCACCACCAUACAACAAACCGCCCGGGGUUGUGCAAACGUCCUGAUCGUUUACACCCAACGUAGCUUCCACGGAUUAGUGUCUCGAGUCAAUCAAAGGCCACAGAUGACUGCUGCGCUCGCCAUCCUCAUUUUGCCAGUUUGUCUUUCGGUUCUAAGUGUAUUUAUUAGAGGUUUUUAUUUCAUCGUCAUGGAUGCAGGUGUGUGCGCAGCAUUUAAAUGGAACGUUAUUCGCGUGUUUUGACGGUGCAAAUGACAUCCGCUGGUGUGUGCUAAGUGAUGCAUUUCUGAGACUCGAUGAAAGUUGAUCGUUUUUGGGGAAUUGUUUCUGGGAAAUUGGUCGUGGAUGAUGGUGAUGGAAGGUUGAUGCAUGGUCGUUGUUUGUAAAGGAAUGGAAGGGGGGGGGGAAUAAUUAACGUUGCCAAGAGCCAUCUGGAAGUGUCCUUUAACACGUUUUUGUACCACGUGCUGUUAAAACGUAUUGUUCGGCAAUGUUUUCGGCUUACACACUCCAAUCACGGUUUCUUAUUAAAUUAGGUAAGCGGGCAAUGUGUUUCAUUCACACUUCUUGUCUCUCCACGUUUUAAGCAACAGUAUUGGACAAUCCGUUGGCCAAACGGCCUUCUGGGAAGUGCGUACAGCAGCAUUGACUCGGUUCAAGCAAAACUCUGGACCGAUUCCAACGUUCAGUGUCUCAAACGACACUAUGUCCUCAAGAGACACUGAAAACUGGUUGAAAUAAUAAUGCUACUGUUAUUUUCUAUGUGGAGAGAUGGAUAUUGGGGGGAGAGACAUUGUCUGCGUGUCUUUUGUUUUUAUAUUCUCGAAAACGACGCUUAUGAUUCGUUUGUUGUCAUGGUUUUCUAUGUACCUGUUCAAGUACACAUUGUGGAUUCAGUUUUAAGUGAUAAGAGGACGCAACAGGCAAAUGUCACGUGCUUUCUGUUGUUACAUAUUCUUGUCAGCUUGUGCCACGAGCCACCGUUCUAUGUGUGUGUACUCGUUUCCGGUAUGUGUAGAUGCAUGGAAACACGCGGGUUGACCGUUCAUAUUUCAAUAUAGCCAAUAUUUCCAAUCAUCAUCCGUGUUAAUUCUUCGGCUGGAUGAAGGCCUCCACAAUCUGCCACCAUGUGAUCACGAUCCUGAGUUGUAGUAAUAAUCCGCCCAGCGCUUGCACGCAAAUGAACAGUUAUUUAGCUCGUAAAACUGGCCAAGGAUUAGCUUCCAAAAGGAGCCUAUUUUAUAUCUAUUUUUUAUUUAGUUACACUUCGAGUACAUUUCGUUGGACACGUUGUUGGGAUUUGUUUUUGUUUGAAUGGUGAGAGUAAGUGAUGUCUGCAUGGGACAUGAGAAGGGGUAUGUGGACGGAAAGGAGGUUUGUGUUGGAGAGUUGUGAAACUAGAGCUGAAGGUACCGGGGAAUUUUUUACCGUAGGCCACCGAGAGGUGGGUAGGUUUUUGCCAUUUUGUGAAGUUCCAUUCGAUCCGUCACUCUGCGUUUGGCUCAACAUGAGAAUUUAUCUUUGCAAGCUACACAGCCAGCCUUAGCGGUAUACCUUGAACGGCCUUUGUCAUAUAUUAAAUUAUUGCAAGGUAUAGUGAACAGUAAAUACGGGUUCAGAUGUCCUGGAGUUGAGAUGUCAGGAUAUGGGCCAUGCUCCUGAUGGUGCAUUGGAUGCAUUUUAUAAUAUUUCUCGCACGCUAGGUAGACUCUACACGAGCCCCAUUAUGGGUACGCAAUGAAUUUGUCGCUCUCUGGGACAUUUAGUGAAGUUCAUGACAUAAUUGUGAACGAUAUCAUCAUUUUCUAAGGUGUAUUUCAAAAAACCACGUGGUUACAUGUGCAUUAAUUAACAGGCUCGCGAUAAAAGUGUCAGUGGUCGAGAAACUAAACGUGUGAUGGACUAGACACGUUAUUCAGGUGUUGGUCCUGUAAGCAUAAACAACAAAAUUACGGAAUAGUAAAUUCAUAAAUACAAAUGUACUGUAGAUUUGUAAAAAGCACAAACGCAGGUGUUCCCACAUGAAACGUUGCACUUUUGUUCUCGUGUUCCGCUGUGGUUUCUUGUUACUGAGCGCGAGUUUCACUCCUCAAAACUGUGCCCACCGGGGGACCCUGUUCGGAGCAACAGAUGUGGACUUUUAACCCAAAAUAAAGACGACUUGUAUCCUC